AUGGCCUUUUCUUUUGACCUAGCCGUCAUCUUCCAACGGGAGAGAAGAAUGAAGAGGAAAUCAAGAGUAACAAUAAGAAGAAGAAGACGAAGAGACAUGUGCAAGAGCCACGAACCGAUGCCAUAUAUUCCUUUCGAUCUCGUGAUCGAGAUUCUAACAAGACUUCCUGCCAAGUCCCUUAUGAGAUUCAAAUCCGUCUCAAAGCUCUGGUCAUCUUUGAUUUGUUCCCGAACGUUCACCAACCGUUUGCUAAGGGUUCCAUCAUUCAUACAGCGUCUAUACGUGACUUUGACCUUCUUGGACAACAGCCUGCAGCGCAAAAGCAAAUUACUAUCAUCGUCGUCUUCUCCUGGCUCGGACAUUAGUACAAUGUCAUCAUUUGUAGUUGACCGAGAUUUGACCACCCCAUCGAUGAAAGGCUACUACCUCUCUCACGUUUUACGCGGCUUGAUGUGCUUCGUAAAGGAGCCAAGUGUGAAAAUAUACAACACUACCACUCGACAACUUGUUGUCUUACCCGACAUAGAAGAAUCCAACAUCAUAGCUGAAGACCACAAGAAUAAGAAGAUCAUGUAUCGUAUUGGACACGAUCCCGUUGGUGAUCAAUAUAAAGUGGUUUGCAUAGUUGCAAGACCUAAUGACGAAUUCGGAGAGCUCAGAAGGUACUUGUCCGAGCAUUGGGUCUUCAUACUAGGAGGAGAUAAAUCAAGUGGAUGGAGAAAAAUUCCUUGCCCAUCUCCCCAUCUUCCUAUAACACAAAUAUUAAGUAUCAACGGGCGUAUGCAUUACCUCGCUUGGGUACAGAAGUUUGAUCCUAUGCUUGUGACUUUCGACUUUAGUUCUGAGGAAAUCAGUAUUCUCCAAGCACCUGAAGAUAUCCGUUGGUUUAAAUCUAACCCUAUAGAAUACUAUGGAAAAGUAGCUCUUUUAAAUCUUUCCGAUCUUAAAAGAGAAUGUACGAUGAACCUAUGGGUUAUGGAAGAUGUAGAGAAGAAUAUGUGGUCGGAGAAGACUUUGGUAGUGCAUCCUUCUCAAAUGGAUAUAGUCAAGAGCACUAGUUUGAGGGUAGCAGGUACAACUAGAAACAAUGAGGUUAUCUUGGUACCUCAUAAUAUACGUUAUACUCUAACCGGAGAGGUUAUCGUGGAACCUCAAAAUACAACUCUUUUAUACAUUUUUCUCUAUGAUUUACAAAAGAAUCUGAUGAGAAAAGUUGAAAUUAAAGAACCACCAUAUCAUACUAAAUUUUGGGAUGUUGUUGGGUUAGAUGAUGUUGAGAACUUCAUGUAUCUUUAA